GUGCCUGGCGCCCACCCAGCCCGAGGGGAGCCCCCAGCAUGCGGCUGAAGCCCGGCGCGCUCCUGCGCUUCUACAGCCUCUGCGGGAUCCUCAUACAAGGUAGCCAAGGGCAGUUUCCACUUACACAGAAUGUCACAGUUGUUGAAGGGGGAACGGCAAAUUUGACCUGCAGGGUCGAUCAAAACGAUAACACCUCCCUCCAGUGGUCAAAUCCAGCUCAACAGACAUUGUACUUCGACGACAAGAAAGCUCUACGGGACAACAGAAUUGAGCUGGUUCGAGCUUCGUGGCAUGAACUGAGUAUCAGUGUCAGCGAUGUGUCUCUGUCAGAUGAAGGGCAGUACACCUGCUCUUUAUUUACUAUGCCUGUCAAAACCUCCAAGGCUUUUCUUACCGUUCUUGGUGUUCCUGAGAAGCCACAAAUUACUGGAUUUACUUCACCAGUUAUGGAAGGCGAGAGAAUGCAGCUAACUUGCAAGACAUCUGGUAGCAAGCCAGCAGCUGAUAUCAGAUGGUUCAAGAAUGACAAAGAAGUUAAAGAUGUUAAAUAUUUAAAAGAAGAAGAUGCAACUCGUAAAACAUUCACAGUCAGCAGCACACUGGAUUUCCUUGCAGAUCGCAAUGAUGAUGGUGCAGUUGUAAGCUGCAGAGUAGAUCACGAAUCCCUAAAUGCUACACCUCAAAUAGCAAUGCAGGUUCUAGAAAUACACUAUACACCUUUAGUUAAAAUCAUUUCUUCUAAUUCGUGGCCUGAAGAAGGACAAUCUAUAAUUUUGACUUGUGAAUCCAAAGGAAAACCAGUGCCAGAACCAGUAUUGUGGACAAAGGAUGGUGGAGAACUACCAGAUCCAGAGCGAAUGGUUGUCAACGGCAGAGUCCUCAGCAUCAGUUUCCUAAACAAAACAGACAAUGGCACAUAUCGAUGUGAAGCAAAAAACCCAAUUGGCCGAAACAGCACAGAAUAUGUUCUGAUAGUACAUGAUGUUUUCAACACUUUGCUUCCCACUACUGUCAUCCCCUCCCUUACCACUGCAACAGUCACAACCACUGUAACCUUAACAGCCAGCACAACCACAUCGGCAAGAGCCAUCAGCACCAGAGAUCCAAAUGCUUUGGCUGGACAGACCGGACCUGACCACGCUCUAAUAGGAGGAAUAGUGGCUGUAGUUGUCUUUGUAACGCUAUGUUCUAUAAUUCUCCUUGGUCGAUACCUGGCAAGACAUAAAGGAACAUAUUUAACAAACGAAGCAAAAGGAGCUGAAGAUGCACCUGAUGCCGACACAGCCAUUAUCAAUGCAGAAGGCAGCCAAGUCAAUGCAGAGGAGAAAAAGGAGUAUUUCAUUUAGAUACAGAACUAGAAUCUUGGAGUUUUACUUAUCAGGCUGAAUGGUGGAGAAAACUGGCUAUCAUUUUUCAGACUUCAUUUCUGCCAUAUUCUGCUAUCUUUAUUAACUUGCAUACCUGCUCUAAGUAGCCAGUUUAUACCAACAAUCAGCUCUUGACAUCCCCAUUCUAUAAUUACAGCAUCGUGUAUAAAGCAGGACAUUUCUUAUUGCCUAAAAUUCAUAUCCACUGCUCUCUUAACAUACAGUGCUUGAAUAUACAGCCUUAACAAUGUUAAUCAUCAUCUUAAUUCAAGUUUUCUACAUUUUUAAAUGUUAUACAGCUUUCUUCUUUUUCAGUUUCUUUUACCAUGAUCCCUACUAGUAUGUCAUAGAACAAUAUUCAUAACAAAUACUAUUAGGUAAGGACCUAAUUUACUUACAUAAAAUGUUAAGUCUAAGACUAGAGGUUUACAAAGAAUGUUUUAUACAUGUCUAUAAUUAAAAAAGCAACUUGUUUUUGAGACAUAUGCCCUAGGAAAUACAAACAGAAGUCUUUGUAGAAUAGUUUUUUGUGUGCUUGGAUUUGGUGGGAUAAAAAAACAACUAUCCAUCCACUAAAUUUUUUGUUUUGCUUUGCUUUGCUUUAUUAUGUUUUAAAUGGUACCUUGACAGCAGUGCCAUGUUUCAGUGAUAAAAUCAUGCUGAAUAGCUAAACUGAUUCUGCAAAUUUAGAUAAUAGUGCUUCAUUUGAAACAAAUUUGUCUUUCCAUUAUACUGCUUUUUUGGGAUUACAAAGAUUAGAGAUUUGUUUUGUGUGUGAGUAAUUUCUGUUUUUGUAAUUUAUUUGCUUUACAUGGACUCACCUGCCUACUCAAAUUUGAAGCGUCCAUGGGGCAUGACUGCAAGACAUUUUAGUAUAUGUAUAUAGUGCAUAUAAUAAAUUCAAUUAAACAUUGUUUGAUACAUAUUUAACUUUUUUGGCAGUAGCUAAGUCAGUCACAAGUAGGCAUUUUCUAAUGUCAUUAUAUCCCUUUAGAUAUGACUCAAAUAAAUAUUCUGAGUAGGUAACAUGUAUAAGUAUUUUUUUUGUCUGUAUGUCCUAGCACUGUUCAGCAGCAAACUUUUCUAGUUCUUGUUAGUUUUUCUUUGUUAUACAAUGGAAGCACAAUGUUAUAUGGAAAGGUAGUUUUAUGCUAACAACCAGUGCACAGCCUCAGGUUUUAAAUUACAACCACAUUUGAUUACAAUCCUUAAAAAAUACUAUUGAGUUGCAAAAAUUAUCAGUUUUUAAUUUGGCAGUUCCAGAGCUGCUUCUCUAUGUUGGUU